CGGAGUAUGAGUCAUUGUUUAAACUUUAAGAGGCUUUAGAAAGCAGUUCAGUUCACCGCUUCAGUUUGACACACCUACACCUGCAUACCGCCGUUCCUCUGCAGUAAAGUUGCCAUGGGCGACUUGGAAAAUGCCAUUAAAGUUAUCGUGGAUAUGUUUGAGGAGCACUCCGGCGAGGAUAGUGACUGUUUGAACGAAGAGGAGUUUAAGAGAAUGAUGUCAGAAAAGUUCACUGCUUCCGAUUACAAGGGGAAACUCAACCUAAGCGACCUUGAUGAGGCUUUUGACAAGGUGGACAAGAAUGACAAUGGUGAAAUCAACUUUGCGGAGUAUGUCAGAUGCAUGUGUAUGCUGAUGAAGGGGUACCGCCGUAAAAAUAAAAGAGGUUGCAAGGAAGGCAGGGGCAGGAAAAAGGGGGGCAGAGGGGGAAACGACGAUGAAGAUUAG